AUGAUAGUUCUUGGGAUAAUCGUGAGAAAUUUGCUGAUUUUGUCGGAUUUUCCUUUGGAAUAUUUCCAGAUUGCGCCAGAUGUCGUUCGGGUCAACCGAAAUGCAUUCAUCCUUCCCAAGUUGGCGACGGAAACGUCGAUUGCAGCGACGGAAGCGACGAAGGCUGCGAGGAAAGCUGGUUUAUUUGUGCCGACAGAAGCACUUGUGUCCCCCCGGAUAAGGUUCGAGACGGGAAUCCUGAUUGCGAGGAUGAGUCCGACGAAGUGUGUGAGUCGCAUCAGCAUGAGUGUCUUUGCGGAUAUCCCCGGUGCUUGGACCAAGAGUUCGUCGGUGACGGAAUCGUGGAUUGCAUCGAAGGUUCUGACGAAAGUGAGCAACAUUUCCUUUUUGUUCUUUUUUCAAAACAUCCAGUUUCGUUUCAAUUUUAAACCGAAAAUCUGUUCCGUACUUUUUUUUCCUCCGCCUGAAGUGGCCAUUGACAAGAACACGUACAUUUGCCCGAAAGACGGCGAAUUGCAAACCAUCAUCGAACGUCGGAAACGAGGCGCAGUUCCAGAGCUGGAAGUGAUCGUCAACGGCCAAGAAACCACGACGCUUUACCCGUCGGAUUCUCGACGCGUGCGUCAAACCGGACUCCUCACGUCGACAGCCGCCACUUUCAUCAACGCAGCUGGCACCACGACAGAGUACGCGACAGAGAUCCAUGGCACAGUGCUCGACGACGACAGAUACGCGAGAAUCAUGAGCACGGGGUCCCGGGUUUUCUACGAAAUCGACGACGACGACAACGACGACGUCGUCGUGGACCCCGCGGCAGCUGACUUCCUCGACUCGAUUCGACCCACGGGCCUGGUGUCGAGUGUGCGAUCGACACUCGUCCGAGACGACGUCACAACCGCCUUCGCCACGGAUUACUACAGAACUUAUAUUGACGGCAAGUAUGCGCAGUUGGUGUCGAGCUAUUCGACGGUGUUUCCAGUUGAUGCUGCGACGACGACGUCGGCGACAGCGACAGUGUCGACGCUCGAGUUCCAGGACCUGCGAUCCGGCAGCGUGUUCCAAACCCCGACACCGCCGCAAGUGUCGAAACGCGUCGUGAUUGUGCCAGCAGCGUCGGCGCAAGUCGUCAGGGGCAAACCCGGGGGUCGUGGGGUGACGACCAGGAACCUCGUCACCGGCACCUACGAAACUGACUCGACGACGUACGCGUUUUACGUGGGGAAUUCCAUCCAGCCCCUGACGACGCGUGUCAUCGGGGAGCCGGUGACAUCGCGCGACACUGAGCACAGCGUCUUUGUUCAGCCCGACAAAUUGUCGUCGAGGAUUUUUCUGGACGUGGAUCAUUUGGACGGGGUGCAGGUGAAAAUCCCUGUGGCCAAAGCGUCGUCGUCGCGAAAUAAGGCACCUCCGAGAGUCAUUCCGGGCGUCGCUGUUAUAAAUGGUCGACAGGCCCACGGAGUCCUCGUGGAAUCCUCGAAUAAUGACGACGACGACGAUGAUCACGUCAUUGAGCUCGACGGGUCUGUCGACACGGAUUUCCAGCCAGUCAUGAUGACGCUGACGAUCGGCGACGUCGUGGCGUCCACGGAAGUGCGGUCGAGUGGCGCCGGGUUCUGGCGGAACCAGGACACCGUCUACCGAUUCCCGAGUCCCCAUGUGUCGAGAAAAUCCCACGACGACGACGACAACGACGAUGACGUGGGCAUCAAUGAAAUCUCCGACGCGCCGAAGGGCCGCAAGGCAGACUCUGGAGAACAGGUCUUGAUCGUUGACCCGACGCCAGUGUUAGAGGUCAAGGGGUUGCCGACAUUCACUGUCGCUGCUGGCGGGAAAUCCCUCAAGGAACAAAUCGCCGAAGAGGACGACACUACUACUAAUGCUGCUCCAACGACGCCGACGACGACGACGGAAAAAUCAUCGACGCCGUCGAGAGAGGCUCGAAAUUUCAAAGGAGUCCGACUCAUUCGACCGGAUUUGGAAUCGCCUCCUCCUCCGUCGACUGCUGCCGUCGCAUCGGGUGUCACUGCGGGACAACUCGCGACGAGGUUGCCGUCGGUGACGUAUCUCGGAUUCGUCGAUUUCACCACGACUAUUCUAGGAACGAAGGUCAUCUUCAUGCCGAGGUCGGUUUUGGAGGAACGACAGCGGAAAGAGCUGAGCGACGACGUCAAGGAAUCCAUCAAAAUCACGCCUUCCGAAAAGCAAAAGGAGUCAUCGAAUGACGAUAAUAAUAAGAAGAACGACGUCGACGACAGCAGUGCUGUCGGCGUCGUUCGCGACACCAGGACCUUUUUGCACCACGAGCCAGGCAUGAUGACAGAGACGGUCCGUGGUCACACUGUCACUCACGAGAAGUCAAUGUCGACAUUUGUAGUAGGAACGCGACAGAGGGGCGGGAAAUUGCUGCCGAAUAACAACGUCGACGACGACGGCGGCAUCGAUGACGACGUCGACGCGCUGCAAAACCUCGAUGACAACUCCUCGACGACGACAGAGGGCAGCAUCACAGCGACGCCGUCAUCGUUGGACGAGUCGUCGACAGAUGACGCUGUCGUCAUCGAAGCCUCUCCAGUGCUCGAACCCGAGCCCUUGUUCUCGACAGCCAUCACGAAAGUGUUCAACGAAGACCAAGCCUUCCCCACGGGACUCGUCACGUCCAUCAGUGGCACUGUCGGGCACAAAGGAGUGACGACGCUCUUCACCACUCUGGUCUACGGCACCUUCAUCGAAGGCAAUUACGCGCAAAUAGUCCAGAGCACGUCCAGCAUUUACUACCUGGUCAAGGAGCCGCCGAAAGAAGCGACAUCUGCCGUCGAGGAGGAGGAGGAUCAGAGCAUCAUCAGGAAAGAACCCAUCAUCAGUGCUGUUGACCUCGGACGCUCUGUGGGCUCAGAAACUGAGGCACAAACCAUAGUGGAAGGCAGUGGGGAGAAGAGCAAGAGUGUCAUCCUGGUGACCCAGUUGGUGCCAAAGACCUUCUACACCACAUUCACCUAUUUCACCACCUUCUUUGUCCCUGAGGGCACCAGCACCAGGACCUCCAUCAACUCGCACAAGGAGACCAGCACGUCUGAGGGCUUUGUUGAGACAGUGGUGACAUCUAUGAUUGGGGAAGACCAUGUGCCAACACCGAGUGUGGUUCUGGAAGAAGAAGAAGGUGUCACUACUGAGAACCUGUUGUUGAGUGCUGGCGUUACCACCACUGAGGAGCCUGUCACUGAAGGAACCCUCCAGCCUUCCUUGGAGUUUCCAGAAGGAGAAGAAGAACAAUACCUGCUCAGGACUCUGUACACCACCUAUACAUACUUCUCUACAUUUUUCUUUGGGGAGUCAUCUUCAUCCAUUUCAUCCAGGACUGAAGUGGUGUCCAAUACCAUGAGGGUGCCUUUGAAGGGAGAAAAUGAAGGCAGACAGGGACUGGAUGAUGGUUCAAACCAGCUGAAUGUUGCACCAGGGGAGCCAGAUUUUGCCAGCAAGAGAAAGCCAGUCAUCAAGGGUACUGAUGGACUGCUGAGCUCAUUUGUGGAGACCCUCCUGAAGACAUACUACACAACUUACACCUACUUCACUACCUUGUUUGGUGACCAGACAACUUCAGUCACUAGCCACACUGAGGUGUACUCCAAUGUGGUGACUACCAAUGGGUAUUUGUUGGUUGAGGAAGAGGACAAGGAGACUGAGGUCACCACUGAUGAGCCCCUGGAAACAUCUCCUGUGCCUGUGGACACUUUGAAGCCCACCAGGGCACAAGUACCCUCAGGAAAAAGUCUGGAAUUAUUGUCAAGCAGCAAAAGUGCUCCAGAACUGACCACACUCACCACUACUUACACCUACUUGACAACAUUGAUUGAUGGUGAAAGCACAACUGUGAGCAAAUUCAAAGAGAUGUUCACCAAUGUGGUGGAUGGAGACAUCACCAUGGCCUCUGGGGUCAUGACCACUGUCCCUGUUGAAGGUGAAGAAGAAGAAGAAGAAGGAAAGGUGUUGCCUGGGAAGUCUGGAGAAGAUGCAGUGUUACUGUCCACUGAGAGAACCAUCACAGAGCCUGGGAUUGAGCCAACUCCCACUGAAGUGACAGAAGAGAAUGCUGAUGUGUACAUAAAGACCUAUUACACCACAUUCACCUAUUUCACCACCUUCUUCAGGUCUGGAACCUCAAGUGUUUUGAGCAAUGAGGAGACUGAAACCAAUGUUGUGACAGUGGCAGUGACUGAGCCAGAUGCUUCAGCUGUUGCUGCUACACCUGCAAAGAACCAGCCCAUCACCUACUACACCACUUAUACCUACCACUACACCUUCAAACAAGGAGAUGAGCUCAUCACUUCAACCAGUGAGGAAACUGUUACAAAUGUUGUCCAGCCUUCUGCCACUGUUCAAGAUGCCUCAGCACAGCUGACACCAGCAUCUGAAUCUGUCAUCAAAAAUGAUCCCAUUCUGGCAUCAGACCUUCCUGACAUCAUUGCCACUUCUGCAAAGGAAGAAAUGACCUCAACUGUGGUCACCUACUACACAACCUACACUUAUUUCACAACUUCCUAUGAUGGUGAAGAGACUUUGGUUGACAGCAGGCUGGAAGUUGUGAGCAAUGUUCUGACAGAGUUGGCAAGCAGUUCAGCUGAGUCAUCAAGCAGCAGCACCAGCAGCAGCAACAUCAUCCCUGAAGUUGCCAGUUCUGCAGCACCUGCACUGGAAGCCUCUGUUGCUCCAAGCUCUGUCACAGGCAUCAUUUCAGUCAACAUUGGCAGCAUUAUUGAAGGAGCCACCACCACCCAUUUCACCACAAAGGCCAUUGGAACCUUCAUUGGCCAACUGUAUGCCCAAGUGAUUGAAAGCACCUCCAGUGUUGUGGUGGACACUGCAGCAGCUCCAGUGGAUGAUCAAGAAGGCCCUCUGAAAACAGGGCUGGUGAGGUUGAUUGAAGGCUCCAUUGUCAGGGGAGAAGAGACCACACAUUAUGAGUCAUCUGUGAUUGGGACCCUCAUUGAUGGAACCUAUGCGCAGAUUGUGCACAGCACCUCAUCCAUUGGCAGUCAUCAGGAAAGCCUGACCACUCAAACAGCAUCAGUCAUUGACACAUCAUCAUCAUCAUCAUCUGUCCCUGAACUGCAAGCCAGUCAGGAGGAAGAGGAUGCUGAACAAGUGACCACACCCUUUGAGCCUGCCAGUGAAGAGAGUGUGUCAGUCAGGGACAGGCUGAAGAACCCAGAGAGGACCAAGACCUUUGUGCCCAUCAUCAGGCCAUUCAAGGCCAGGACCAGGCCCAAUUUCGUCCCCAGGAAGAAACUCGAGUCUUCCACCAGUGCAGCCAUCAUCACCAGGACCAGUGUGAGACCCACAGUGGUGGCAACCCCAGUGCAAACCAGUGGACUCUUCACCAGGUCUCCCAAGGCCAGCAGCAGCAGCAACAGCAUCAGAAGACCAGGGUUCCAACCAGGCAGGGCUUCAACAGCAGGUUUCAGGCCAUCAUCUGGCUCUUCUUCAGCAUCUCCAUCAGUCUUAUUGUCCAGCACUACCAGCAGUGCCGGGGGUCGCAGGGGUGUGGGCUUCUCCAGGGCACCAAUAACCAGUCCCAUCAACACUGCUCCCACCAGGAGACCCCUGUUCCCCAGCAGGCGUCCCUUGUUUGGCAGACCUGCUCCCACUUCAGCCAGUCCUUCCCCAACACCAUCAUCCAGUGACUCUGGAAACCCUGUUGCACCAGCUGAGCCUCCUUCAGAGUCUGUGGAAAGCAACAGCAUUGACACCUUGACCAAUGAAGAAAAGUCCACAGAGUCUCUGUUGGUGUCCAUCAGCAACCCUCCUCCAAGACGCACCAGACCCACGUCCAACAAUAAACUAUUGGACUUGCUUCAAAGGUCUCGUGGUAUCAGCAGUGGCAGCACCAGCACCACCACCACCACCACCACCAGACAAGCACCAGCAAUACCCAUCAAGGAAGACAGUGGUGGUGUCACAGACUCUUCAGAGGCUCCACUGCUUGAAAGCAUUGGCACAACAGCUUCCAGCAACAGUCAGGCCCCUGUUUCUGGAAAUUUCCAGAGACCGAUAAAUAGCCCGCUGAGACGUGAUGAAACUCCUCCUCCUCCAGCCGCCAUCAGAAGUUCUCCUCAAUUCAGAGUAACCAGGAGACCCAGGACAGGGAAACUGUUUCCCAGUCGGGAUUUCCUCUCCAGACUGAGAGGCCAAUCCUCUGGUGGCAAUAAUAAUGAAGAAAGUCAGCAGCAGCAGCCGCAAGAACUCGCUGUUGGGGAGUCCUACCAAGUGCCUUCAUUCAGGUACCAAAGCCGGGGUCUGCCACGCAGAAGACUUUUGUGGACUGAAGAAGAAGAAGAAGAUGUGCCGAAAUCAGAAGAAGGAAAUGACGGUGAAGACGAUAUAUUGUCGAUGCAUCAGACGAGAGACAAACGCCAGAUCGACUUUGGCACUAGGUCCAGAGGCAGGCAAAAGAUUGCCACAGCGGGUUCCAACGUGCCUCAGACCCUGCCUCUGGCCUCCGAACCCGAUUCCUUCACGGCUCGUCGCCUCGAGCAACUCCGCAGAAACAGGCAAAGACUCGCAGCUGCUGGCAUCAGGUCACAAACCAGUAACCCAAGCAUCAACAGCCGACCCUCAGAUACCACAAGGACGCCAUCGGGACGCCCGGCCUCAGGAGGACAACGGUUCAGACGUCCAACCACUGAGUCCAUAGUCGGGACUGAUUCCCAGAGGUUCCCGAGUAGGUCCCGAGUUCGGAACAACAAGACCCCCGUGAGUCCCAGCAGCACUCCAGUCAGGUCCCUGACCCAGGGCCGACUCCAGACCGGCAGACGUUUCACCCCAUCCAGUCAGAGAAACAGGUUCAACACCUUCGCCAACCAGCAGGACUAUGAUUACUAUGAUGAUUACGCGGACACGUCUCCUGAACUUGUGCCGGAAAUCUCGGGCCCUGUUUUGCCAGAGGGCAAGAUCACAGUCACGCAUCACAUCCCAAUGGCUGCCACUAUCCCCAUAGUGCACAAUGGAGCCACUCAUUUGAAAGAGGUCAUAACAGCCAGUCCUAGUCUCGAGGUGCUGGAUCCUGGUCAAUACACAGCAACUGAAGUGGCGGGAGGAUCCUUCACUGUGCUUCUGAGUGAAUCGAGUCACCAGGUGUCGCCAGGGGUCACAGAGAUCACCAAGUACUUUGCCACUCCAAGCAUCACUGACAGUGUGACAUUCACACCAACUGUCAUCAGGGGCAGGAGCACGUCUGCAUCUCACAUUGUGCCACACACUGCCUAUGUUGUGUCUGAGACUGUGUCCACUCAUAGUGACCCCACAGCUGGCCUUGCUGACCUGCUGUCCCAGUUGCUCUUGGGCCAGGUGAACCAGCAGCAGAAUCCUCUGCAGCAAGUGCUGAAUCCUUUGAGCCCUCAACAGGCAUUUUCCAACAGCAUCAGGACUGAGACUUCCACUUAUGUGACCACCUUGACAAAGACUGACAGCACAGUCAUCCCAAUCAUCCUCAGAGGAAGGAAGAUUGAGACAACCAUUGUGAAUGCUGUGGAAGAGGUCAUAACUGCAACUGAGUUCAAAACCUUCUCUGUGGAAGUGCAGCAGACUACUCAGGCAUUUGGACAACUGCCAGGACUCAAUAACCAGUUCCAGAAUUUACUCCUGCCAGCUCUUGCCCCAGCACUGCUCCAGCAACAAGAACAACAAAGGCAGCUGCAGCAACUUCAACUCCAGCAACUGGAAAAGCUCAAGCAGGCCAUUCCUCUGUUUACUGAAGCCCCCCAGCCUCAGCCAUCACAGAUUGAGAGCACUGUGGAAGCCAUUGUGGAAAAGCCCUCAUCAGUGGCUGCUUCUGCUGUGGAAAUAAACCCUGCCAAAACCAGUGUGGUCACACUGUUCCUCUCUGGAAAGCACCCUGGAGAGUUUUCCACUGUGUUGUCAACCCUGGUGCUGGAUCCAACUGAGCAGAAGAUCAGAAAGAGAGAAGCCAUCUACUCUGGAAAUGGCCCAGUGAAGGAGAACAUCCAAUUUGAGGCUUACCAGUAUGACACCCCAGCAGAGUUGCUGCUGGAAGACAUGGAUUUGUACUUGCAGUCAGCCAUGGAUGAUGAUGUGUCUGCCAAUGAAAUCACUCAUGCCACCAAGUCCCUGGAGAGCAUGUUUCAGGACAUUUCAGAGUACCUGAAUCCUGAUGGGGAAACCAUGACUCAAGCAGAAGCUGCUGAAAACCACAGUCAGAAUCAUUUUUUAUUGGCAGGCCCCGCUGAACUGCCCCCACUCAGCAGGAAGCCAAGAAGUGCUCAAGGGGGACUUUGGCAAGAGAAACCAGUUUUCCAGGUUCCAGGACUCAGGCAGCAAAGGAAGCAAAUUGCUGAUCAAAUUGCAUCUAUUCAGCAACUCCAACACAUCCAGGCAUUCCUGGUCCCUUCAUCUGUGACUGAAACAUUCACUGAUGAUGAAGGGAAUAUCAAUGUUCAGGAAACUAAGCGCCUAGUGCCAGACAUUCCUGCAGAAGCUGCUUUCUUUGAGCUUCCCAGGAAAAAGAGUGCCAGCAAAAAGCCAAAGGCAUUUUUGGAUGACCAGUGGCCUCUUCAGGAAAGCGACUGGGAAUGGCCAGGGAAGAAUCAGCAAUUUGGAGAAAACUUUGAACCAGAGCCAAAACAGCAGCAGCAGAAUAAGCCAAGCAAUAACAAUAAGUCAAGCUUCAGAUCCAAUGACUGGAUCCCCAUAGUUCAGACACAGCAGUCUGUGCCAAAAACUGCACCUUCUGGCAACAAACCCAACCUCAGAGGACACAAACCAGUUCCAGUGAUUGAAGCCACUGAGGCAUUUGAAGCCAAUCCUCUUUCAUUCCAGUUCCCCCAAAUUGAAAUCAAGGAGAGUUCAUUGAAACAAAACCCUGAGGAAAAGCCCACCAGCAGGAAGCAAUCAACACCGCGCAAAAGUCCAAACAGACUUUUCCAGCAGGCUGAUCCUUCAGAAGACUCUGAGCAACUGCCAUUGGGCAUCUUUGACAUCCCGAAAGUUCGUCCUGCCAGAGUCAAAUCAACAUCAUCUUCAGUCACUAAAAAACAAGAAUCUUUUCCAAAAUCUGAAGAAAAAACAUUGGAAGAACAACAAGAAAAAGAAAUUCCUGCCCAAGUAGAGACAACCAGCAGUUCAACAACAGAAAAACCGUCAGAGUCUGUUCCAUUCACCAGAACAAGAGUUGGUCGACUUUUCAAUUCUGCACAAGCGACAUCUACCACAGAGAAAUCUAAUGUCCAGGUCAGCAGAGGGCGCCGCCCUGGCCACACCAGAAGCAGAGUGCGACCAACUCCAAAAAAGGCUCUUCAGCAACAACAACAACAACCACAACCGCAAAAGUCCCCAAUUGUCAGAACUCGGCAACCCAUUGGCAGGACUCAAAACAGAGCCAUAAUCAACAGAUUGCGUGGGAAACCUGAUGAAGAUCAAACCCAAAAGUCCAGUGAUGAGGAAGCCAAGGAAGAAACAGUCACUGAAAAGCCUACUUCUGAAGCAACUAAAGCCCCAAUAAGGACCAGAGGGCGUUCAGACUCCAGGACAAAUGUCCUGAGACUCAACAGAGGUCGCUCUGCAGACACCAGGAAGUCAAUCACUCCAUCUGACUCAGUGUCUGCUGCAGCCAUAGAUGUUCAACAAAGCCUGACUACCAAACAGCUCAAGAGAGUGAGAUCCACUACCCCAACUCCAACCAAGGAACCACCCAGCAAAAGUUCUGAAGCUCCAACAACAGCAGAGCCUGCAACUGAGCCCACAACUCAACCUACCUCCAUCACUGAUGAGUCACCAUCAGGAGACAUUGAGAGCAGCAUUGAGUCUGACAGUGCCCCUGAGCAGAUUGAGUACCUGACUGUGUUCAACUACCUCUACACUGUGUUCCAUCAGGACAGUCUUCAGUACUCCACCCAACAGGUCACUGUCACUCAGUCUGGACCAAACCUGGACACCUUUGAGGGCUUUAAAACAGACACCCAGGGAUCCCAGAAAGUGUUGGUGCACAAAGGCAGUGUCAUUGUGCCCUUGGGUGAGAGGGUCAACAAUGGAGUGACCACAGAAAUCAACUUGGCUUCAUCCACAGUCAUCAACCUGCCUAUCCAACAGAGUGAACAACAAGUCCAAGAUGAGGAAAAGGUUCCUGAUGAAAUCACCUCUUCAACCAGGGAAAGGUCCACAGAGUCAAUGUCACCAGAAACAGAAGCACCUGUGAGACCCACAGAACCAACUUCAACUCCCAAAGCACCAUCCUCCAGCAGGCAAAGAACACCAUUGGAUAACCUCAUCCGCAACAAGGGCUCCAAGUUCAGCAACUCUCGCAGGAAACAACUGACACAGACAGUGGUGAAGGAGUCUAAAAUUGCCAAGGUGAAACCAUCAGAGCCUGCAAAAUCAAAACCUGCAGUAGAAAACACCUUGAAGAGAUCUGAGAGGAUCAGGAGCAGCAGACAGAGGCUCUUCACCAGACCUCAAGUGAAACCAACCUCAGAAGAAACCCCUGUGAACAUCCCUGAACAGCCUUCUGAAGAGAAUGAGACAGUGACUGAACAAGCUGCUGCUGAUGCAGCACCUCUUCAAGAAGAAAGAAAAAUCAUUUCUCCCACUAGAACCAGGACCUUUUUCAAACCAUCAAGUAGUACCUUGGUGUCUGUGAGACCAACUUUGACCAGACAAAGGAAACUACCAGAGAACCAUGUCCUGAAACCCAAUGCACUGACCAUCAGUAAGCAAAAACUGAGCAGCAGCACUAGGCCAAGCAAGUUCAAACCCUCCUCAGUGUUCCCCAAAAGUGCCAAGUCCAGCAGUGGUCCAUCAUCCACCAUCAUUUGGCACACUUACACCACAAGCAUCAGGGAUGAUGACAAGGACAAAGUGAUCACCACUUCCAGUCUGAGGACUGUCAACUCCCAGGAGCUCAGCUCUUUGAUCCUGGCAUCACAGGUCACUGCAUUCCCAAUCAGCAAACCAGGCGGGGUGGACACCAAUGGCAUCCCUGCUUUGGAUACCAGUAUUGAACCUUCUUUUGAACCUGGCCCAGUCUACAAGUUCCAGCCCUUUUUAGAGAGAAGAGUGGUCACCAACUCCAUAGUCAUCACCAGGAAGGCUGGGGAUGAUAUCCAAGUCACCACGGAGUAUACCACCACUGUGCAGACUGCUGUUAAGACCCUGGUAGAUAUUCUACCUCCCAUCAAAGCGGGGAUUAUCCUGGAAAGCUCCCUCGGCCUCACUGCAAAUGGAGUGCCCAGAGGAAGAUCAAUUGGCAAAGAGGACUUGGAACGAGUCACUGUGAAAACGAAAAUCUUCCGGAAUGGAGUCGAAGUCUUGGUAGUUGACAAAAAUGAAGAGAAGUAUGAGAUCGAACCAACAACUGUGAUGGACAGGAUUUUCCUGGGUUUGCCAACAAAAAACGAUCAGUUUGCCAAUUUCCUGAGGUCUGCCAAGCCUGAGUUUGUGACCAAGACCUAUUACACUACUGUCACAUUCUACUUCACUCCACAACCUGGCAACCCAGAUGAGUCCAUCCAGAGUACCAAGGUGAUCUCCAAUGUGGUGACCCAAGAAGCAGAUGUGGUUUUUGGAACUUCUCAGAACUCAGCGGAAGUGACAUUGGCCAGUGAAAACGCGGAUUUGGCAUUUGAAACCAAGACCCAGGUCACCAAGUUUACCUAUUACAAUACCCUGUAUUAUGGUGACAAACCCUUGGUCCUGAGUUCAGAAGAAGUGGUGUCUAAUGUUGCAACUGUGCCAAAGGACACUGUUAUAAACACUGGACCCAUUGAGGAUGCAAAGAGGUUUGAGACCAAGACCUAUUACAAUACCUAUGUGUUCUACAAAACCAUCAAUGAGGGUGAAGAAGAGAAGGUAUUGUCAACUGAGGAAGUCAUCACCCAGGUUGUGGUGACCCAUGUGUUGGAGGAUACUGAGAUCCAAGCCACUGUCCUUCCUGGUGACUCUGAACAGGACCUGAAUGCCCUGGACUCUAGUGUGACUGAAGGCCCAGAGAUCACCAAGACCUACUUCACCACAUUCACCUACAUGACAACUGCAUUGGUUGGAGAGAAGAUAGUCAUCAACUCAGACAUUGUCAUCAAGUCUGAGGUCAUCAAGGAGCCCUUGGAAGUGGCAUCACCCAUCUUCAACAUCAACAAUGCCUUGAGUUCUGCCUCAGAUGCCCUGGCCCCCUCUGAUGACUUUGAUGCAGCUGAUGGUCCAGUUGGGGACCUGAUGGCCACCAGAACCUACUAUGUGUCCUACACUUACUUGUCAACCAUCCAGUUUGGUGACUCAACCACAGUGACAUCCAAUGUAGAAGUGUCAUCAUCCAUUGUGGUGGAGCCACUGUCAUCCAUCAAGGACCAAAGCAUCCUGAACAUGCUCAAGGAUGAUGAUGAUGUUGCAAAUGUGCCUCCUGUCCAGGCCUCUGCUGUGGUCAAAGAGUCAUCAUCCAGGGAAAAGAGUCCAGUGUCUACAUACUACAGGAUUGGACCAAACCUCUAUGCCCAACUGAGGACAGUGUUUGCCACUUAUGCCACUGUGGUGACUGGUGAUGAUGGCUUCCUAGAGACAGUGAACCAAGUCCAAGAAAACACUGUGACAUCCACCAUCACUGCAUCCAGCAUCCCACCAGAUGUCACGGUUGUGGACUCUCCUCCUCCACCUCCCAAGACCAAUCCUGCUGCUGUUGCACCACCAGUGCCAUCCAGAGUUGAGGUCAAUGUUGCCAGCAGUGCAUCAUCAUCUUCAUCAGAAGCAACAGUGCCUGCGUUAGUGGCACCUUCCAAGCCCACAGUGGUGUCCGGGUCAACCAUCAUCUAUUUCUCCAAGGGAUACCCUGCUAGUAAUAAUAAGCAGGACAGCACAGUCGGCGAUCAGUUGUCGCAGUUGUUUAACAAGGCUGGAGGCACCAGCAAGGUCACCAUGACAGCUACAGUAGACACCACUAUCCCGGGUCCCGAUGGGAAGGUCACAGAAUAUUCUUCAGGGCAACCCCUGGUGGUUCUGGACCGUGGCAACGGGUCCAUAGUCGGGUUCCCCAUCCCCAGUGUGAUCGACAUGGAGAAGAAACCCAUCGCUUCUGCUUCGUCGAAUAAUAACCAUCAGUCCUCAAAGGCCUCGUCAUCAGGGCCACAAAAAGCGGACCUCCUUCAGUCCGUUGACGAGUUCCAACUGACGAGUAACGGGGAUUUGUCGUCGGUGUCGUCCCUGAUUGCAGCUGACAGACCGAAUUCCGGAACAAAUACGAGACCGUCGUUUAGCAGCAGCAGCAGCACUUCCACGAAUAAUGGAGGCAGUCUCAUCAGCACCCUGGGCACCAGGCUGGUGAAUCUCGGGGCACUCGCGGGUGCGUUGGCAGCUGGCAACGCUGGUGCCCAGGCAGUGAGUGGACUGGACUUUAGCCCGAUUUUCGACUCGGUCUCCAAGUUGUUUAGGGGAGGGAUCCCUGCGAACCCGUUCGCAAGACGGAAUGACUCGUCGUUGACGCAUAAUGCCCCGGACCAGAAUAAAAGGGAUCCCCAGCAGCCCGAUCGGAUUAUGCAAGCGCCGAAACCCGGGGCUUCGGGUCAGAAUAAAUAUAUCCCCGUUGGAAGCGUGGCUGGUGGUAAUGGACAGCCGCAUGCAAAUGCCUUCUUCCAAGAGCCACCUGGCCCGUUCAAUCAGCAGGGUUCUUUCAACAGACUUCAGGUGGACGCGAGUCAGCCAUCGUUUAUUCCAUUGAGAGGAAACGGGAAUCAACCCAAGCGGCAGCGACCAGCAGCAGUUGAGAACAAUAACGGGCAGGAAUUUCCUCCGAGAGACUUUCCUCAACAGCACUUCCCACGCAGACAACAACAACAACACCAACAACAACAACAACAACAACAACAACAACAACAACAACGUCCAUUUUUCGAGCAUCAGCAACAAGGCAGGCCAUUUGUAAACAAUCAACAAGUGCGAAUUGAUCGUCCGGAAUGGGAAAGAAGGCAGGAACCUGUGGAAUUUGACAACUUACCCCAGAGGCCGGGUCAGAAAUUGCCGGUGCUCAGGGGUUCUGGUGUCGCAAUCUCACCAGGACAGGUUCUUGUUGCGCGACCAGAAAGUGACCCAAACCUGGUCAUUGGGACCCCAGAUUUGAAUCAAGAGCAAGAACGAAUCAAUAAUAAUGGGUUCGAACGCAGACCUCCGAAUGUGAACCCGCAGCAAAACAGGGCUCCAGGAUUCCAACUUCCCGUGUCUCAGUUCCCACAAUUCCCAGGACCACCAUCCUCCAGCUCUUCCAGCAAGCUGGAGACCAACAAUAAACCCUUUGCGCCAUCUGGUCCACUGCUGACUGAGGUUCAGGCACCAUCAUUGGCUCCCUCCAGGGUGUCUGUGAUUUCUGGCCAGGAGACUGUGUUUGUGUCCAAGCCUGCACAAGACAACGCUGAGUCUGCUGAGAAAAAUGGCCCAAUCCCUGCUGCUGACACCCAGAGGGAUCCCACUGUUGUGACACCUACUGUUGAACAACUGCGGCCUCAGCAACCACCACCAGCACAAAGACCCAGACCUGCUAACCCAUUUUUCAAGGAAAGGCAACCACCAAAGAUUUCUCUUCCCAGGUUGCAACCACCAAGAACACCACCACCACCUCCUUCUCAAAAGACCAAGCAGCGGCUGCCGAAUGGACCAGUGCUGCCACCUGCGAGCGAAGGCUCUGACGGCAGACCGCUCCCACCUCUAGUCCGAGAUCCAGAUGGCACUCCUAUCAUCGCCAAACUGCCGAAUAACAACCCGCGUUCGAAGCCGAGUCCGUCUCAAAUCGGGCCCCAGCAGUUUGGCUGGUCCUCUGUGCAGCCCCAGGGCCAAACCCUGGCCCUACCUCAGCAACCCAACAUACAAUGGCCAGCCGUGCAAACCAUUUUGUCUCUGGGCUCUGGCAACAGGAUCGUCGCCACGAACAUUCUGCGCAACGGAGAAGAAUAUGACGCGGAGGGCGGAGACGAGUCGAGGAUAACUUACACAGCUCCGCCUACGACUCAGGCCACGCCCACUGUGUCUGUUGCCAAUGUUAUCAACCAAAGUCCUGGUAAUAAGGUUCAGCAGAGACCGGCGUUCGAAAUUCAAAGCAGCAAAGUGCAAGAUGAUGCCAGGGACAGAUUCACUGCCUUGAAUGGACCCAGGCCUGGUCAGGAAACCUCAGCUGACCCGAAACCAGCUUCUCCAGCUACAAUCAGUCAGCGUGAUGAGGGUCUUCCUCUGCUCAUUGAUCAGGUCACCAAAGAAUUACCAACGACCGCGAAACCCACUGCGAAACCACCAAGAUCCUCCACGUCAUCCGGAUCAGUGCAGCAACGACCCACAGCGGCCAAACCGCCAACUAAACCAGACUACGUGUCACCUCCAACGCGGCCGAAGCCAACAGCGACACCUGGGGCAACGGACGAGAACAAGCGGCUGAAUUUGCACGGCGGGGGAUCGGCUGCCGGCGACGGGUCGGUCGUGGAGCUCGGUGCGGGUGGCAUGCAGGGCGGGGGCUCGGUGUUGUUUGGCGUCAAGCUGGGGUCCGGCAUACUGUGCGGGUGGUCCCGUCCUUUCGUGCCUGCACCCAGUCACAACAAGCCUGUCAUUAGACCAACUCUGCUGCCCAGUACCAGACUCACUACCACACCUGCAACUAGACCUACAACAAAAGAUGCAGGAGGAACCACUAGUGGUGGUGAUGGUGCUAGUAGUAGUACCACUGCUUCUUCCAGCACACCAGCUGCUCCUCCAACCACCACAGCAGUGUCUGAUAGUGGUCCCAAAUCAACCACUGAACUGGAGUCAUCUUCAUCAGCCACUCCACCAAGUGGUCCUGACUCUGACAAUGGUCCUGUAACUGACGAUGUCUCUGGUCGUAAAAGGUGUAUGUUCCCUCUGGUUUCCACUGUUGCUGCGACAAGGACAGGAUCAGUCAUCAACGUUAGUCCGAAACUCAAGAGCAGCUCAACAUUGGCAACAAAGCCGAAACCCGCAGCAACCACGUCACCGACAACCCCGUCAUUGCCAGUCAGUGUCCCUAGUGACUCGGAAGAAGAAGGAAUCGACAAUGAAGUUAACAAAGGCGUCGAGGAAACGAAUGAAAUCAACCGAGUGAUUGCCGGGUUCGUGCCAGAGCAAGGACUGAGUGUGGAAGUGCCGAUUAUCGCUGCGGAAUGCAAGCCGAGUUGUUCGCUGAAAAACAACGAAGUUUGCCAGAAGAAGCGCGGCACUUGGCAAUGCGUCUGCAAACCGGAAACGAGGUCGUAUAGAAUCACUUUGCCGAUUGACCACGUGCACACGAGGGCCCUGGAAUUCAGGGAGGAAUUUUUGGACGACUCGACCCCGGAAUUCGGCCAACUCGAGUUCAUGACCAAGGAUGCUGUGGACAAGGCCCUGAAGCGAUCCGGACUCGGAGACGCUUAUCAUGGAUCCGAAAUCACCGGCUUUCAGAGAUUCGUGGCCCCAGGGAAAAACCCGGACCUCGGGGUCAUGGUUGAAAUCAUCGCCAGGAUCUCUCCGGAUAUGAACCCUGACGAAGGAUCCUUGAUGAAUAACCUGCGACAGAGUGUCAAGAGCACGAAUUUCAGCGUGGGUGGAACUGCUCUGCUGACUUCCCCAAGUUACAUGGAUUCUUUCUACGCGGAAGAUUUCGAUGAAUGUUCGAGCGAGGAAUUCCACGAUUGCUCGGAAUUCGCAAUGUGCAUUAACCGAGCCGGAACAUUCACCUGUGCCUGUAAGAGUGGCUAUCAGGACUUGUCCGACAUCGCUGAUUCACGACCAGGCAGAAUAUGUUCAUCUGCUUCUUCUAGCUGCGGGCAUUGCAAUUACCACGGGGAGUGUUACACGAAAGAAGACGGAAGCAGUGCUUGCAAGUGUCAGAAAUGGUAUUCCGGUGACAGGUGCCAACUGAAUAUGAAAGUUUUGCUAAUUGUGCUGGUGACGAUCGGGUCCCUGCUGGCACUAGGACUGUGUUUGGCAACCAUGGUGUUCUGCCUGCGCCGAAAGAGCGCCACGCGGAACCAAGAAGGCGGCUAUUUGUACGGCGCCGGGCCCGGACGCCGGCGUGCCACGGACCGCCGCGCCAUGAUCGGCGCCGGCGACACUUCCAGCGAGAGCUCGGAUCAGCGCAGCUUCCCAACCUUGCACGAAGCUUUAGCGCCAUCAUCAGUGGGGCGCAAGGGGCACCACCACAAGCGACCGCGGUCGGUGGCGAGCGGGCGGAGCUUUGACCAAGUGGACCGGUCCCUGCCGGGCACCACAACGAUGCCACCAGUCAUCAUCCCUCGGGCCAAGUACAGCUCGCCGUCCCGGAUGGUGUCCCUGGGGCCGGACCCCGAGGCCGAUGUCGUCGUGUCGGAAAGAGCCCUGAUGACCAUGCUCGACACUGGCAGAACACAGAGUGUGAAGAGCUUCAAAGGUUCAACCAGGUCAGCUGCCACUUCAAUCGCUGAAAGCCAUGGACGUGGACGCCGAGAAUUCAGGGACAUGCGUCGUGGCUCGGAAGGAGCUUUGAUGGCAGCAGCCGGCUCGAUCAUGGUGGCAACUUCUGCAGUGCGCAGCAAAUCCUCGGGGCGACGACCAUCUGAAUAUUCCCGGGGUUCGGGCUAUGGUGACAGGGCCAUGUCUGAAGCUCGUUCGUACGACGAGACGACGGUGAGGAACAUGACUCGUCAUCCGGAGAGUUACUACUCGACUUCUAGGCCGCAAUCGACGCAAUUCUUCAGCGAGGACGGACGAACAAUGGCUGAGCGCGAAGACGGAUCCAGUGUCUGGAUUCCUCAAUCUCGACUUUACAGACUCGCUCCCGAUAGUGACUUGGGAUCGGAAACAAGUUCCAGAACACGAGACAUGCGCAGUAGCAAAAUUUCCAGCUCUCCACCGCAUUAAAUAAAUCGCGAAAACGCAUUUCUUUCCCGGUUUACUCGGUUUAGCGAAAUUUGCUA